GCCUUGAAACAUCCCAUGUUCUGAGCUCAUGGCCUUGCCCCUUGCCAGCUUGCAUUGAUAGUUGCACUUAAAACACAAGCCUCUCUUUCCCCUCACCUAUAAAUCCAUCAUUUUAGAACCACCACUUCAUCCACAAGCUAAACAUAUCUCCUAGCUCAAUAAUACCUCAUACAAAAACUUCAGGCAAGAAAGGAGAAGCAACCAUGAUCAGUGCCAAGAGACUCGCUCAGAUGGCAAAGAAGUGGCAAAGAAUGGCAGCCCUCGGGAGGAAGAGGCUCACAUGGACGAUGGCCAAAGGAACUGAUGAGUGCUGCAGUUCUGUUGCAGUGAAGGGCCAUUGCAUCAUGUACACUGCCGAUGGGAGGCGGUUUGAGGUCCCGUUAGCAUUCCUCGCCACAACGAUCUUCGUAGAACUGCUCAGGAUGUCUCAGGAGGAGUUUGGCUUCACAAGCGAUGGAGGGAUCACAUUGCCUUGUGAUGCAGAGGUUAUGGAGUAUGUCAUGUGCUUGCUCAAAAGAAAUGCAUCAGAAGAAGUUGUCAGGGCAUUCCUGAGCACCAUUGUGAAGCCUUGCCACUAUGGGAAUGGUUUUGCACCAUCAUUGGGGUCUGUACAACAAGUAGCAGCUUCUAGCUUCUGAAAGUUUGCAUAGAGUUAAUAUUUUUCCUUUUUUUCUUCUUCUGAAUGAUGUAAAUAUGGAGACAUGAAGUGAGAAAUAGACAUUGCAAUUAUUCAUACCAGUGGAAUCUGUUCGUUCUCUCUGUCUUUUCUUAACUGAAGUUGCUUGUGACUCCUGAGUUCUGCAGUUCUGGAUGUGUGGUAAUCAAAUAUCAGGUUUUGU